AUGGAACCAGACAGUGAGCAGAAGGCGGAGGCUUCUUUCCUGUUGAGGGCAGGAAACCUUGCUGCUGGAGCAUUCAACGCGAAUGUGGAGGAUAAGGAGAGGAAGGUCGCCUUCAUAGUCAUCUGUGUCACGAUUUUUCUUUCAGGGUUUUUGUACACAUACCUUAUCCCUCUUGUUCCCUCCUACCACUUGAUAACAGGAGCCUACUUUUCUACUGCUGAGGUUGCGCUUCUGUUCGCUAGCUACAGCUUUGGAGCUGCAAUGGGAACUCCUCUUACGAUCUUCCUCGCUGGGCAUGUGAAGUGCUGGAUGAUGAUCGCGACAGCGCAGGUGGUGUUUUUCUUCAACUGCAUCAUGUUCAUGGCUGGCUCCUCGUUCCCCAUUCUAUUUCUGAGUCGAACGAUCGGAGGAGUUGGAAGCACUUUCUUGCAAUCAGGGAGCAUCGCUAUGUUAGACUCGCUCUAUCCCUCGUCCGAGCGCGGCAACAGGUUUGUCAUGGUCUACUUCUGCGGCGGGUUCGGCCUGACGAUGGGCCCUCUCAUCGGCGGCUCAUUGUCCUCGGAUGGAGCUUUUAUUCCUUGCUUGCUCGCUGGUCUGACUCUCGCUGGCGUCUUCUCUUUGGUCAUGAUGUACCUAAGGGACAACGAUGCUGAGUUCACCAAGAUGGAGCCGUUGACCCCGCACGUGAAGGACCCGCAGACUCUUCUCUCGCUCGUGUCUCUCCUGCUCAUCUCUUCCACCGUUGCGUUCAGUGAAGUCAUCCUUCCUCUCCAUCUCAAUGUCGCCUUUGCCACCUCUGCUUCAGCUCUGGGAGGCCUCAUGAUGAUCGCGGCCAUCGCCUUCAUCUUCGUGGCCAACGUGGCGGCUCUAGUCUCGGAGAAGAUCAACAGAAAUAUGUUGGUGGGUGCUGGAUUAGCUUGCAACGGUGUCGCGUUCCUCGCGCUCUUCAGCCCGGAGUCCUUGGCGGUUGAGGUUGUUCCGGUCAUGCUGUUGGGAUGCAGCGCGAGUGUUGUCUACACGGGUGUGUUCUUGAGGAUGGUGGACAGCGUAGGGCAGGGAGAUGCUCGCUCACCAGCUCUGCAGCAGCUUGCCUUCGUUUCUCACAACCUCGGCGCCUUCCUCGGUCCUGCUGUGCUGGGAUCGUCUGUGCAUCUGUUCGGGCUUGAGGCAGCGGCCUACACGUACGGAACUCUUGCCAUUGCUGCUGGAGUAGCGAUUGGGUGGUACGCUAAGAGAACGGCUUCGAUUGAAGAUGAGCCUACAGUUAACGCGUCUGCCCUUGUAGAUUUCCAGUUGUUGUUCACAUUGUAGAUGAAUUCUUGGGCGUAUUCUUAUUGUUGUGUUGUCCUCUCAAGGAUCUUGCAGAGACUUUAGAAAUGCGAGCCUCGAAGGCUGGUCGUUGAAUGAUGUUUCAACCCGGAAUGACAGCCACUGGAGUCUCUUUCGCAGUCUCUUUUUGCGUUUACAGAUUUCUUACGAUUUAGGGAUAAGCAUCCGCCGGAAUAAAUGGCGUUCCGGGAAAAGAGGACCGCCGUCUUCAUGGCUGCAACGAUUAACCAAGAAUCUUCAUCCCCCUUGUCGGCAGUGUCGACUCUUCCUCGUCACUCUCCUUCUUCUUCCCAACUUUCUUCACCUGUUCAUUCAUGAUGGCGACCGAAGAGUCUCUUCGCUUCUCUGCCUCCGAUUGCUUGGAUGCAAGCUUGGCAGCCUUCUCCUGCGCCAGCUUCCUCCUCACCUUGGAGUCCGAGUACACCUCGAACGGGCUGUCCACCAGCUCUCUCCCCUUCAUUCCCACAUAUACUUGCAGGACACCCUUGACCGUCGACUGAUACCUCACCAGGUACGUCCCGUCGUCGUUGUCUUGGAUCGAAACCUCAGGGACCUCGACCCCGACGAUCGACACUUCCCAGCUGUCGCCGCCCUUGUCCAGAUGGUUGCCGUACUUGUCGUAGCUGUGGAUGGUGAAGGAGGAGUCCUUGAAGGUGGCGACGGACAGCAAGCCCAUUCCUGACGCCUGCGAGGCCUCGACGUCCACGUAGGAGGGAGAAAUCUCGCAGAGGUAAGGGCUUCCGGAGAUUUCCUCUCCGUUGAGAGUGAUUUGAAUCCAGUAGGACCCCUUGAUCAGCGUCGACCAUGUCACUGUGUACCUGCCGUUCUC